AGUAUUUUCUAUUUUCUCCUCAAAAAUCAUGAGAUUCUAUUCGAUUUUAUCGAUUUUUCUAAUUUGCUUGAAUGAAAACUCGGCAUUUUUCAUUCCACCAUCAAACUUUGAAAAAUGUGGAUUUGAAGAUUCGCUCGGAAUUAUUUUGUGUAUUGUGCCUGUCACCAGCUUGUUUGAAGGCAAUAUCAACUUGGCAAAUAUGACCAGAGCUCGUGGUAUUCGAAUUGUGGAUGAAUGCCGAAACGCAACGACCUGUAUUGCCCAGUUCCCAUGUGCAACUAAUGUUCAACUUGACAAAGUAUUUGGUUUACUCUGUGACGCAUUUUCCUACUUUUCAACAGACUUCGCACCAUGUCAAAAGAAAAUUCUCGCUCAAAUGCCUCCUUGUAUGAGAAAAGCCGAAAAAACGCUUUUGAAAAGUGAUUCGAUCGAUCAUCCAUGUGAACUCAUUUCAAAGCACAAACCUUGCUUAGAAUCUGAGAUAACUAAUAUUUGCGGGGAAGAGUACUGGAAACCUCUGGAUAAUACUCUUAACAAGUUGCAGAAGUAUGCUCAAAUUAAAUGCCCAAACCUGGAUAACUAAUGACAAUGUUUAAUUUUUGAUUUUCAGAAAAGUAUCAUAAAAAUAUGUGUGUUUAUGAAAAACAGCCGAAAGAUUUUUUUUUUCAUAUUAAAUUUCAAAAAAAUUCACAUUUACAGAAAAUAUGGUACCCCUGUUUACAAAAACGACCAAAUAUCA